AUGAACGCUAUCAGUAUUGGGGAGUACCAUGGGCUACGGGUGGGCUCGGCCCUGCUUAGCAUUGUAGCAGGCUGUAUUAUCAUCGGAGUGUCCAAGGACUGCGACGCUGAUGCUGUAGGGGGCAUCUUCCUAGGCGCAGGAGGACUGGGUCUCCUCAUCUCCGUCUAUCCCUUCAUAAGAGCAUGGUUCAACUUCCAUCACAUCCUGCCCAACAUAGGAAACUUCCGGGUGCACCCGCUGGCGGCCCCCGAGCAGCCCCCCGACACGCUCAAAAGAGAAGGCACUCAGGGUCAGCUGACUGUGGAGCGCUCUAAAAGCCGAAUGGGGACGUUUGUGGAAACGGCUGCUGCUACAGCUGAGGGUUCGCAGGAAGACGGACCCUCUUCAGAUGUCCCUGACAUUUUGGGCAGACGCAAACCCAAACCCUCCGAGCAGGACCUUCCCUAG